AUGAAUGUUUCCGAGAACAGUGGAACCGCUGUCACACUUCUUGUUGUUGGUGCCGAUGAAGAAAAGAAGCGGACACUUGAUGCAUUAUCCGGCAGUGAUUUUUUUAAAAAAUCUUUAGAUUCAGUAACUGGCAAUGAUUUUUUCAAAAAGAAUUUGGACAGUGUAAAUGGAAAUGACUUCUUCAAACGAGACGAUGAGGUACGUAAACGACUUGACUCAGUAUCUGGUAAUGAUUUUUUCAAACGAAAUGAUGAUUUAAGCACACUCUAUUUACUUCAUGAAUUAAAUCUCGCUAACAAUGGUUAUCAUCAUCCAAAAUUUCGACAUCAUUUGACUGAAACACAGCGUCAACAACAAGAACAAAAUCUAAAUAUCAUUAGCAACUAUCCAAUUAUGCAGAUAUCAAUUACGUCUGCAGGCGGUAUUUUAUCUCUGUUAGAUGAACAUAAUGAAAAUUCAAAAAUAUAUGCAUUGAAUAAAUUAAACACAUUAGUUGAUGUAUUUUGGGCUGAAAUUGCUGACUCUGUUACAAAAGUUGAAUCAUUGUAUGAAGAAGAAACAUUUAAACAUCGAGAAUUAGCUGCUCUUGUUUCAUCUAAAGUUUAUUAUCAUCUUGGUUCAUUUGAUAAUGCUUUAUCCUAUGCACUUGGUGCUGGGAGAUUAUUUGAUGUCAAUGAUAAAACAGAAUAUGUCGAAACAAUUAUUUCUCAUUGUAUUGAUAAAUAUACAAAAUUUCAAGUGGAAAAAUUUCAAAGUGAACAGUCAUCCGUGAAUGUUGAUCAUCGUCUAGAAGAUAUUGUCAACAGAAUGUUUCAACGGUGUUUCGAUGAUAAAAAAUAUAAACAAGCAAUUGGUAUUGCACUUGAAACACGUCGAAUUGAUAUAUUUGAAAAAGCAAUCAAAGAAUCGAAUAAUACCAGCGAUAUAUUAUCUUACGCAUUUAAAAUUACCAUGCAAUUAUUACAAAAUCGAAAAUUUCGUACAGUUGUGUUACGUACAUUAGUAAAGUUAUAUUUAAAUCUUCAUGUACCAGAUUUUAUUAACGUUUGUCAGUGUUUGAUAUUUUUGGAUGAUCCUGAUGCUGUAGCUGAUAUUUUACAAACGUUGGUACGGGGUACAACCGAUCAAAUGUUAAUGGCUUAUCAAAUUGGUUUUGAUUUAUAUGAGAGUGCUACACAACAAUUUCUAAAUAAAAUUCAAGAUUCAUUAAGAGUGCAAGCACCAAUACCAAUUGUUGUUGAAAAAAAAGAUGAACAACAAACUCAAACAUCAUCGACUUCAAAUCAAGUCGAAGCUAUGGAAACAAAUCAAGAUGAGAAAGGGACACCCACAUCAGCAACAAAUGAUUCAAAUGCAUCUACAACAACAUUAGUAGUGAAAGAUUCAAAACUACUUCAACAAGAACAUAAGGAAAAAGUGGAUAGUUUGCCUCAAGACCAAAAAAAAUUACAGGAACGUAUAGAAAAAAUGUUGACAAUUUUAAGUGGCGAUAUAACAAUCGGUUUACAUAUGCAAUUUUUAAUUAAAAAUAAUCAUGCCGAUCUUCUUAUUCUCAAACAAGUCAAAGAUGCAGUUCGAAAUUCUGUAUGUCAUACGGCAACAGUGAUAGCCAAUGGAUAUAUGCUUUGUGGAACAACUAGUGAUCAAUUUUUUAGAGAUAAUCUCGAAUGGUUAGCACGAGCAACGAAUUGGGCAAAGUUCACAGCAGCAGCAAGCUUGGGUGUCAUUCAUAAGGGUCAUAUUAAAGAAGCAUUGAAUUUGAUGAGCGCCUAUUUACCAAAGGACUCGAUGGGCAAUUCUCCAUAUGCUGAAGGUGGUGGUCUCUAUGCGCUUGGUUUAAUUCAUGCUAAUCAUGGUGGAGACAUUAUGGACUAUUUAUUGAAUCAAUUACGUGCGACACAAGCACCUCAGACAGAUACUGUUCGACAUGGUGCAUGUUUGGGAUUAGGUUUAGCUGCAAUGGGCACAGCACGUAGUGAUGUCUAUGAAUUAUUGAAAACAAAUUUGUUUUUGGAAGAUGCCGUCACAGGUGAAGCCGCUGGUAUUGCUAUGGGCUUAGUCAUGUUAGGAACUGGAUCAGCUCAAGCUAUCGACGAUAUGGUUCAAUAUGCUCAAGAAACUCAACAUGAAAAAAUUUUACGUGGUUUAGCAAUUGGUAUUGCUCUCGUUCAAUAUGGUCGUUUGGAGGAAGCUGACCCACUUAUCGAACAAUUAAAUCGUGAUAAGGAUCCAAUCCUGAGACGUUCAGCAAUGUAUACAGUUGGAAUGGCUUAUUGUGGAACAGGGAAUAAUGCUGCUAUUCGAAAAUUGUUACAUGUAGCGGUCAGCGAUGUUAAUGAUGAUGUGAGACGAUCCGCUGUCGAAUCACUUGGAUUUCUCAUGUUUAGGUAG